GGCCUGUUUUAGCAUGGGAAAGGAUAAGGUUUUAGCCUGGGGAAGGGAAAGGGGGAAAAAGCAGUUUGUGUGGAUCCUAUGAGCAAUGCUUCCCUGCCCUUGCUCCUUCUCUUGAGCCUGAGGCUCUCUGUCUGGUAAGCAAUUCCAGAGAUAACGUCCCCAGAUGCCAUGCAGAGGGGCUUCUCGGCAGCCCCACAGUGCCAGGGACCCGAGCUGGGUCUGGGGGUUGCUCCAGCUCCGAAGGGCAGCACGAGGCCUGCAGUGCUGUGGGAAGGGGCUGGAUGGAAGCAGCAACCCAGCUCUUCUCAUGAUAGGGACACUCCAGGCACCGAUGCUCUUGAGAUAGCAGGUAGCAGGGUCUGAUUUUGCAUCCACCACAGCACAUGAAGUACCUGGGCUGGGUACAGCAAGACAGGGCUCGGCAGGACAUUGGUGCACCCCUUAACCCAGCUGCCGGCACUGGUGCUCUGCUGGGGGCUAGGGAGGCACCGGCCCCACCUCUGCAUCCGGAGCCACGCUGUGCUUGGGGGUGGGUGCUCUCCCGGUGCAGCGCCCAGUGCCAUGGCAGUGCAGCAGCCUUGUGCUCCUGCUCCAAUAAGGGGGCAAGGACUGGCGUCCUGUCUGAUUUGGGGGUUUGCUGGGGGAUGCCAGAGCCCAAGGAGAGUUUGGCAGGCUCUCACCUGAAACCAGCCCCCAGCAUCCUUAGAUGAUGGGUCCGACUGAGACCACAGACUCAGCCAGCACAGCUCCUGCUGUAGACCCACAGCGUUCACCUUGCAGGGUCCACUUCUUGCUCCCCGCAUCUUUCCUCCAGUACCCUCAGACGGAUGGGUGGGAUUUCAGCAUGUGUGGUGUGAGCUGCAGCCCCUGCAGAGGGGCUGGGCUUCCCAAGAGCCUGCUGAGGAGUAUCAGCACCCCAGGGACUGGAAAAGCUGGCUUCCCCCUGCCAAGCCUAGGCAGGACACGCAGACAUGGACCCAUUCCAAAGCAGGCAGCUCGCCCAAGCCCCCGCAGAGCCACAGGCAAAUUUGGAUAGGGGUUUUUGGCUGGGGAUCUUAUCCCACAGGCUGAUGCACUGUGUUUCCAUCAGCGGUGGGAUGUGUCUCAGCUCUGCCUGGCGAGUAUGCACCCAACUCGUAUUUUUGGCUGCAGCAUGCGCUGCCCCAACAUGCGCAAGAAGAGGCAGACACCUGGAUCCCAGACCUAUGUCAAGCAAACCUCAGGGAGCUUCCAGGCCAGGGACGGCAGCAGCGGCACCAGGGGAGCUGGGGCUGGAGAAGACAAGUGGCCAAGGAGGAAACAAGAUGGGCUGGAGCCACAGCAGCCCUGUGCAGUUUUGGGGACUGAAGGUUCCCGAGAUCUAUGUGACCCAGGUUUAAACCCCCGCUGGCCCUGCGCACCCCUUGGCCAUGCCGCACCCCAGAGCCGUUCUGCUGCUCCUGGCUGUCAGUGGCCCCAGGUCUUUCUCCUGGAGACGUGGCAGAGCUGCCUGUGAGGAAGGAGAAGAGUCUGAUCCUGCCCACAUGGGAACUCCGCUGGUUCCAAUCUGUUCUCUGAAAACUUGCAAAGGAGCAGAGUUACACUGUGAGCACUGACACAUAUGAGCUUAGAACACCAAUCAUGCGAUUAACAUGUGAGAAGUGGGUGGCUUUUCCAAGACCCAUUUAUCAAAAAACAAAAGUUGUGGGUACAAGGAACCUCAUGCCUACCUUUCCCAUCACAUGUAAUUUGGCUACAAGCCAAACACUUUGUCCCAGAAAUAUGACGGCCUAAGCGAGCCUUCUCCGAGCUGUCCCUGCAUGGCUGCCAGGGUGCGCAGCAGUGAUCCCCCUUGAGCCAGGAUGCCCUCAUGGUGGCUCCUCGAGGCAGAGCGCUCUCACGACAGCAGGACUUUGGUGAGCAGCCAAUGCCACGCAGAGCCCUGUACUAUGGUAACUCUGACUUGUGCCUUGGUGCGUGAGCCGAUGCAGGCAGGACGCAGGAACAACCACAAAACCACGGAUGAAAGGCAAGGAACAAGUUUAAUCUCGAUACCUCAGAGACCAAGGAAUCUCUGAAGCAACACCCCGGCAGAAGCACGCAAGCAGGGACCACGGGCACCGCGGAGUGAGAGUUCCUGUUAGCAAGAGUCCUUGGCAGUGAGAGAGUCCUUGUUAGCAAGAGUGCGCACAGACUCCCUGUUCUUGCUGGUAUCUAAAGGGUUCAAGCAGGCAUAGUUUCCCCACUGUGCUUUGAUCUUCUUCAACAACAGGCCAGGAUUCUCAGGCAGCUAGAUAAGGUGUCCCUGAGUCCAUCUUAAGAUAGGUAACAUAAGCCCGGUCUUAUGUUAUCUAAGUGCAAGUGUUUUUCUUGCAAGCACCCGAGGCUGAACAACAAUUACUGUGAUAUAUGUUUUCCAGUACCCCAGGUGCAAGUCACUUGAGCGUAUUUACAAUCCUCCUCACCAAUCUUCCGUUGCUUUCCCACACUUGGCAACUUUGAUUUUGCCUUGGUAACUUUGACUCUGCCUUGGUAGUUUUGAAUCGUUGUUCAAGUGACUGCGCAGUACAGGAACACAGCAGAACUUGCAACUGAACUUCAUUAAAUUGCACAUCAUGCUAGAACCACUUUUGCCAAUACCUUUGGCAGAGUUCUUUAAGCCAUGUAAAUCGCCCAGUGGAGACACAGGGUUGCAGGAGCAGCGCGGCCAGCCCAAGGUACACCCUGUCCCCCAACCCAAUGCCCAGGGGGCCAAGGGGUACCCCACAGCCUGGGUGGGGGCAGCAGGCCAGGGUGGGGGCCCCAGCGGGGGCGCUAGGCCCACAGGCCUGUGGAGGUCACUCCGUUUCCUCCAUGAAGAGUGGGAGAGCCGGGGCUGCUCCCCCGGAGACCCCGGUCCCACCAGAGGGUAGCAAGAGGGCGGCCGCUCAUCCACCAACACCGAGCCAGGCCUGGCCUGCCAGCCGCCAUAACACGCUCCCCUCGAGACGGGUUUAAAUGGCAACGCGUUCCACCAAUCACCGCCCGUCUUGUCCGUACGGCCCCGCCCCAGCCGCAAGUGCGCCCUUCCAUUGGUCGCCGGGGCUGAAUUUUAAACCCUGCCGCCCUGCCCCUUAGCAACCGUAUUCCUGCCCGCUCGCCCAUUGGCUGCCUCCUGGCCCCGCCCCGCACUCUGAUUGGGGGACGCUCGGCCAGUGCUGGCCGGCCGCUACCGAACUGCUACUUUCAAACGAGCCGGGUCCGGCGGCGGCGGCUGCGCAGGCUUGCUCAUAGAUGCCGAGGGAGAGGAUGCCGUUGCCACGCAAUGCUAAGAUGGUGAGCACCAAGCAUCUCCUAGCAGGCAAGGUGGCCUCUGCUGUGGAGAAUGCCAACCCCGAGAAGCCUCUGUUGCAGGAGGAGAGCUGUCAGGCUAAGAGGUCUCCAUCCUCACCCCAGGGCGGGCCCAAGAAGAGGUCAGCGUUUGGGGACAUCACUAAUGCUCACAAGAACCAGGUGGUAACAGGGAAGGAGGCCAUGAAAGUGGCAUCACACAAAGCACAAAAGGCCCAUGCUGCCCUGGGGGUGGCCAAGAACAAUGAGAUCAACCUGAAAAAGUCAAUGAAGAAAACUACCCCGACAGAAGCUCCUGCAAAGGCCAAGGAGGAUCCCGUGCCAGAGGAGAGAGUGCCAGCACAGGUACCAGCAGUAGAGGACAUAGAUAAGGAGCAGCUGGGUGACCCCUACGCCAAUGCAGAGUAUGCCAAGGACAUCUUCGAAUACAUGCGGGGAAGAGAGGAGAAAUUCGUGCUCCCUGACUACCUGAAGAAGCAGCCAGACAUCAGCGGGGACAUGCGUGCCAUCCUGGUGGACUGGAUGGUGGAGGUGCAGGAGAACUUUGAGCUGAACCAUGAGACGCUGUACUUGGCUGUGAAGCUCGUGGACCACUACCUGGUGGAGGUGGUGAUCAUGAGGGACAAGCUGCAGCUCAUCGGCUCCACUGCCAUCCUCAUCGCCUCCAAAUUUGAGGAGCGGUGCCCACCGUGUGUGGAUGACUUCCUCUACAUCUGCGAUGACGCUUACAAGCGGGAAGAGCUCAUUGCUAUGGAGAUGAGCAUCCUUAGCACCCUCAAGUUCGACAUCAACAUCCCCAUCGCCUACCGGUUCUUGCGGCGCUUUGCCAAGUGUGCCCGUGCCACCAUGGAGACUCUGACGCUGGCCCGAUUCCUCUGUGAGAUGACCCUGCAGGAGUACGACUAUGCCCGGGAGAGCCCCUCCAAGCUGGCCGCCAGCUGUCUGCUGCUGGCACUCACCAUGAAGAACCUUGGUGGCUGGACCCCCACACUGGAGUACUACAGCGGGUACCGCUCCCAGGACCUGCAUCCCCUGGUGAAGAGGUUGAAUUUCCUGCUCACGUACCAGCCCCACGACAAGCUGAAGGCUGUGCGCACCAAGUACUCACACAGGGUUUUCUUUGAGGUCGCCAAAGUCACCCCCAUGGACAUGCUCAAGCUGGAGGAGAUACUGAAGAGCUGCUAGCCCCGUCUCUGUAAAAUAGCCUGUAAAUAGUGCUCUCGGGCAGGGGAGUACCAUGUACAUAAAUAAUAACAAUUUUAACUAAAGGGGAGGGAGGGGGGA